AUGUUCCUCACCGUCUUUAUGUUAAAUGGUAUUUUAUAUGGCGUUCUGGCCGGUAGUAGCGCAAACCAGCAGACGGAAUCAGCGCAAGCAUCCAACUGGGGAACCGGAGAAAGCCUUCCUAGUGCAGUGGCACAGGGCUUGCCAUCGAUUUUCUCCAACACCAAGUCGGGCGCCGGUGGAUUCCCAGGCUUUUUGAAUGGUGGGAAUCUGCGCUUGACCGGUGAACCGCCCAGCGGUAUCCAUGGCAUUCAAGGGGGAUUGAAUAUCCCGUCCGGAAUUAAUUCUCUGGGUGAAAGCGGUAAUUCAGCAUCCGGACAGUACAGCGGUGGAAGUUUACGAGCGGAUAGCAAUGGUGGCGCGGUUGAUUUCACCGGCGAUGCCAGUGGGCGGCGCCCCGCCGGUCUCGGCCAGGUUGUUGUCGGCAUCCCCCGAGUGAAUACCGGUGAAAAUCCCGCUGACCAGUUGGGAGCUAACUGGGGAUCGUUUGUCGGAUCAGGUAUGGGAGAUAUCGGGCGACUGAGUGGGCUGAGCCGAGGGGAAGCGGGCGCCGGCGCUGGCGACCUGACUGGUUUCUUUGGAGGUGGCGCCUUCGGCAAAGGGGACACUGGUGUGGACGCCACUGGUGGCUAUCAGGGCGGAGAGCGUCGCCGGGAACGAGAGCCUCAGAGCGGAUAUACCGGCGGCGCUGAGGGCGUCAGCGGACGGUUUGACAAACUCCCGCAUGGUGGACGCUUUGGUGGACAUGGUGGUGAACAUAUGGGUCAUGACGGGGCAUUUAAGCAUGGACUCGGUGAAUUCUUCUCCAAUCUGAUGGAUAACAUGAAUGACGGAUAUGGCUCAGGUGGUACCAGCACCUGCUCAGGGUUGUGGAGUCGGUUAGUAUCGUUUUUCGCCGGUUUGGCUUUGUUGAUGCAUUGA